CAUUACAGCCGCUUGAAUAUUCAGUAGCGCUGCGGGUUUCGGCGACUUCAGUUCUGCAGCGGUUUUGCAUUAAUUGCAUGCACACUCGCAUUUUCGGCAAUACCAUAUUAACCGGCAAAAAAAUAAGGAAUACAAAAUAAAAACAACAACAAUAAGUAAAUAAAAAUAAGCGCGUACAGUAAAAAAGUAGCGAAACAAAAUGUGGAAGAUGCGAUAUGCAGUUAAACAAACCGGUCAUGGGCUCGCUCGACUUCCACAGCUCAGCUGUGCCGCUCAACAGGCGCAACAGCGGCGUACCGGCUUUUCGAGUGCGACCGAACAACAAUUAAGAGAACUCAUCGACGAAAAUGCACCACAUCGCACGGAUGCCGAAUGGUUGAAUGCCAAAGAGUACAGCGCAAUUCCCGGACCUUCUAAAUAUGGAUUUUUGCUGAACUUUCUGCCUGGCGGUGAAUUCUAUGAAAUGAACUAUGUGGAUAUGAAUAAAAUACUGCGCAAGCGUUACGGUGAUAUAUUUCUCCUGAAGGGUGUAUUUAGUCGUCCCGACACUAUAUUCACUUACAAUGCGGCAGAUUUUGAAGUGGUCUAUCGCAAUGAGGGCAUCUGGCCGAUACGUGUGGCUCUCAUGAGUUUUGAUUAUUUUCGAAAAGUCAAACGUGUGGAUUUCUUCAAGGGUUGCAGUGGACUUGUGACUGAACAUGGACGCAGUUGGGGUGAUAUGCGCAAUAAAGUGAAUCCAGUUAUGAUGAAAUCGACCAGCAUACGUGAGGAUCUGCCGGAAAUCGAUAAAAUAACCAUGAAGUUUGUCGACAGGCUUGAAACGUUGCGCGAUCCGAUCACUGGACUCUUGAAGAACGAUUUUCAUAUUGAGCUUAAAAAGUGGGCCUUUGAGUCGGUCACCUAUAUCGCGUUGAAUAAACGCCUAAAUAUGUCUAGUGAAGAAGGUAAUAAGGAAGCAUCGGCGUUAGCACAAAAUUUAGCAGAUUUCCUAAAUCUAAGCUUUAUCUACGAUAUGACACCCACCAUGUGUAAAUACUUCGAAACACCGGGGUUCAAGAAACUAAUGCGCGCCUACAACAGCAUCACCGAGAUCACUUACAAGUAUGUACUCGAAGCGACGAAACGCAUCGAAAGUGAGCGCAAUGCGGAAGCGAAGAGCGUGUUGGAGAAACUAUUGCGCAUCGAUACACAUUACGCGAUGUUAAUGAGCAUCGAUUCGUUAACCUCCGGCAUGGACACGACCGCUUCCACUUUCAUUACAACGCUCUAUCAAAUUGCGCGUAAUCCCGAGAAGCAGCGUGCCUUGCGUCGUGAGUUAAUGCAAAUUAUGCCCGAUCCACACACCCCUUUAAAUGCACAGAACACCAAACACAUGCCAUACUUACGCGCUUGCAUCAAAGAGGCGCAGCGCAUAACACCCAUAGCGCCCGGUAAUCUGCGCACAAUGCCGAAAGAUGUUGUGCUCUCCGGAUAUCGCAUACCGCGCGGCACCUCGGUGCACAUGGGCAAUAUGGCGCUCUGCAACAGCGAGAAAUAUUAUCCGCGCUAUAAAGAGUUCAUACCGGAGCGUUGGUUGAAAUCUGGCGAAAAUGCUUGCCCAGAAUUGCGCAGCAGCAAUCCGUUUAUUUAUGCGCCCUUCGGAUUUGGUCCACGCACUUGUGUCGGUAAGCGCAUAGCCGAAAUGGAGUUGGAAACCCUAUUGGCGCGUCUGCUACGUUUGUAUCAAGUGAGCUGGGCCGCACCGGAGGAGAUGCAGUAUAUCAGCAAUCUCAUUUUGACACCAAAGGCGCCCAUGAAGUUCAGAUUUAUGCCGCUCGAAGAGGAGGACUGCGCCAUUGGCAGUUUCUCUGUAAUAAUAAAUAAAAUGUUUCGCAAUCGAUUCCAACCGCUCUGUCGCUACAUGCAACAGCCGCGUCUGGCGCCCGCCACGCAUUUAAGGCCAUUGACUACACGCUGUCCAGCAUUGGAUCAGCAGCAUCAACUGACAGAAAAAUCGCCAGAAGACGAAUGGGCGAAUGCAAAGGAAUACAAAGAUAUACCAGGACCAACUAGUAUUGGACUAAUGAUAGACUUCAUGCCUGGCGGUGAAUUGUAUGGCGCUAACUUUUUGAAAAUGUACGCAACACUACGCAGACGUUAUGGAGAUAUCUUUGUAUUAGGUGGUUCAUUUGGACGUACCGAUUUGAUUUGCACUUAUAAUCCAAUCGAUUUUGAAAAAGUAUUUCGAACUGAAGGUGUGUGGCCAAUACGUGAGGGUAUUGGGAGUGUCAAAUACUAUAGGCAGGUACAAAAUCCGGAGGCCUACGGUGGUAUAUGGGGUUUAGUAGCAGAGCAAGGCGAGCGCUGGUUCAAUAUACGUCAGAAGAUCAAUCCCAUUAUGAUGAAGGUGCAAAAUAUACGUGAGGCAUUACCGGAACUCGAUAACAUUUCUAUGGAAUUGGUGGAUAAAAUCGAUACCAUACGUGAUCCCGAUACUGGCACUCUCACUACGGACCUCCUCAAUGAGCUGCGCAUGUGGUCUUUUGAGUCCAUUUGUUAUGUGGCGCUGGAUUCCCGUCUAAAUCUCAUCACCGGCAAAGCUGAUGCGGACGCAUUGCAUAUGUCCAGCGCAAUGUCGGAUUUUAUGCAGUACACUUACGAUCACGAUAUAGCGCCUUCCAUAUGGCGUUACUAUCAUACACGCAGUUUUAAGCGUCUUAUGGGCAUACACGAUGAACUCACGGAGUUAUCAAAAAAAUUUGUGGAUACAGCGCUGCAGCGCAUUGAAGUGGAGGGCAAUACAGAGGCGAAAUCUGUAUUUGAGAAACUCUUGCGCAUCGAUAGAAAUAUAGCGGUAGUGAUGACGAUCGAUAUGCUGUUCGGCGGCUUGGACACGACCUCCUCUUCAGUCAUAACUGCAUUAUAUUUUCUUGCAAAAAAUCAGGAUAAACAAGAUAUUUUGCGUCAGGAGUUGAAAACACUACUACCGCAACUCAAAUCCCCAUUGAAUGCGCAAAACUUCAAAAAUAUACCCUAUCUACGCGCCUGCAUCAAAGAAUCGAUGCGCAUAAUGCCAAUCGUCUCGGGCACUAUGCGUCAAACCGGUCGCGAUUUGGUACUCUCUGGCUAUAAGAUACCCAAAGGUACCGCCGUGCAUAUGCGGAAUAUGGAACUCUGCAAUUCGGAGACGUUCUUUCCACGCUGCAACGAGUUCUUGCCAGAACGUUGGCUGAAAACGCCCAAAAAUGUGCCAAAUCCAGUCGAAGAGGUCAAAUCGCAGAAUCCCUUCGUUUAUUUGCCGUUCGGUUUCGGACCGCGCACUUGCAUUGGUAAACGUUUAGCCGAUUUGGAAAUGGAAGUGCUGCUCGUACGCUUGUUGCGCAAAUAUAAAGUCUACUGGACCGAUAAGCAAAAGGAAUUACAAUAUAAAAGUAAUUUAAUUCUAACGCCUUGUGGUGAGAUGAAAUUCAAAUUCGAAGCGGUGGACUAGGGAUGUUCAGACGCUGAUAACAUUUACUGUCGGAUAUAGUUGAUAUAUUAUAUAUAGAUUUAUAGGUAUAUAUAGAGAUAUAGUAUUUUAAUAAAAUAUCAUAAAAACCGUAAA